AUUAACACAAUUUCGAUCCGAUCCAAUGGGUGCAGACAAGUACUCUUCCUCCAUUAAAGACAAAACACUAUCAGGAGUUGGCAACCUCGUCAGGCUCCUCCCGACCGGCACUGUGUUCUUGUACCAGUUCCUCAGCCCUGUGUUGUCCAACAAUGGACACUGCAGCAACACAAUCAACAAGUACCUCACCGCCAUUCUUGUUGGUCUGUGCGGUUUGUCCUGCUUCUUUUCUACCUUCACAGACAGCUACGUCGGAGAUGACGGUCAAACGCACUACGGGUUUGCAACAAGCAAGGGUCUUUGGCCGUCGCCGGAGUCUAAGAGCGUGGACUUGCCGACGUAUAAGCUUCGGUUUGCUGACUUCGUCCACGCCUUUUUCGCGGUGAUUGUGUUUGGGGCUUUGGUGCUUUUGGAUGGAAAUACGGUGGGGUGCUUCUAUCCUGCGUCUGAGUCCAUUGAGAAGACUUUGAUCCAGGUACUGCCACCUGUUGUUGGUGCGGUUUCUAGUGCGGUUUUUAUGUUCUUCCCUAAUAACCGCAAUGGAAUUGGAUACCCUGCAACUGCAACUGAGCCUUCACAGGAUUCCAAGUCUGGUGGUGGACAAGUAUCUGUAUCCACCACGAAAGCCUAAUUAAGGAAUUAGUUUGUGUUUGUGUGUGGUUUUCUUCUUCUUGUGCUAUUGUAUUCGAUCAUGUUUGCUUGUCUAAAAUUCUAAAUUAAUGUUUGAGAUAUAUAUGUUUGGUAGUA